AUGGUCUACUGCUUCGCGACAAUUCUGCUCGUCGUAGCCUCCGUUCUGGUUUCGUUAGCUCCUGCGACAGCCGAAUCGAUCUGCACGCUGAGUGACUCCGAAGCCUGCACUGUUGAGAGUUUGUCGUCACUAUCCGACGAUGGUAGCGUGCUUAUUUACCCUGGAGGUAACACGCGUUGCGCCUUCGACAACUACCAGGACUCUGUGACAGGGUUUACGACGAACUCCACGUAUUUCUUCCAGGUGUUUCCGAACACGAAUCACGACAAGUCGAAGUUGCUGAUUUUCUUUCAAGGCGGAGGUGGAUGCACGGACAACAAUACAUGUGCCUUCGGCUUGGAGUGCUCGCUUGCUGAGAAUGCUCUGUUUACCACCGUGGCUACCGUGCGAGGGGCCGGAGUUAUUGAUCGAUUCAUGGUGGACAACAUGUUCAAGGAGUGGAACGUGGUAUUCGUGCCAUACUGCACGGGUGACGUUCACGUCGGCAACAGAGUCCUUCCUCCAUUCGAGAGCGGCCUUGAACAACAACUGGGCAACCCGCAGUGUCUUGGAAAAGACUUCCCAAUGUACAUGAACGGAUACAACAACUCCAAGUCAGCGCUCGACUGGGCACUUAAAAACUUUCCGGAUGUUGGCAAUCUCGUCGUAGGUGGUGCCAGUGCUGGAUCACUGGGUGCCCAGUUUUUCAGUGCUCGCAUCGCCGACAUGUGGGAGGUUGAUGCCAAGGGUACACAGUUUUCAGUGAUGGCAGACAGCUAUGUUGGAGUCUUACCAGCAAGUCAUCCGGUACCUGAAUUGGUGGAUUACUUUGGUGGCUGUGAGAAUGGACUUGCCUUCCCCUCGGAAAUUGCGGCGGUCUGCAACGCUGAGAACGCGACAACGAUUGAUCUUGUUGAAGCUCUUAUUGAGGACAACCCUGAAAUAAAGUGGCUGUUCAUCAAUAGCAAAGGUGACACAGUCCAGCGGUACUACUACGCUCUCGUGGACGAGGGAAUCCAAGGCUACCCUUUCCCGAACCUAAUGUCGGAAGAUGAUCUUUACAGGAACAUGUCAGUCAUCCUGGAUGCGUAUCAAACCAAGAGCCCUCGCAUUACCACGUUUUACGUUGAUGGUGAUCAUCAUGUCUUCACGAUGGACAGGAACUUUACGAGCUACAAGAGCGACAAAGGUUUGUUUCUCGGUGAUGUUAUCAAUGAGUGGCUAACAUCCAACACAAGCUCAAAUCAUGCCGUCAACUCCGUAACUGCUCUUGGAACUUCCCCCGGCACACCGGGAUCCAGCAAUAUUCGUCGGAAAGCGGGUGUACAAUGA